GAAGAGACAGAACCUUGGCACUCUUGAGAGACAGAUUCUUCUGGCCAGGUAUGUCUAAGGAUGUUGAUGACUGGAUUAAGAAUUGCAGAAGAUGCAUCUGUCGGAAGACUCCAACCAACCAGAGAGCUCCACUCAUUGGAAUUGAGACUACUCAGCCACUAGAGCUGGUGUCCAUGGAUUUCUUGGACCUUGAACCAUGCAAGGGAGGGAAGCACAAUGUGUUAGUUGUUACGGACCACUUCACUAGAUAUGCACAGGCAUAUGUUACCAACAACAUGACAGCCAAAGUCACCGCUAAAGCCUUCUUUGACAACUUCAUUGUUCAUUAUGGGAUUCCACAGCGGAUACACUCUGAUCAAGGUGCUAACUUUGAUGGGAAUCUCAUAAAGGAAUUGUGCUUACUUACUGGCAUGAAGAAGUCCAGGACCACACCGUAUCAUCCCAUGGGCAAUGGCAUGUGUGAGAGGUUCAAUCGCACUUUAUGUGACAUGUUGGGAACCUUAUCACCUGACCAGAAGAGUGAUUGGAAAUCACAUAUUGGGCCUCUUGUACAUGCCUAUAACUGCACAAGGCACGAGUCAACUGGACAGUCACCAUUCUUUUUAAUGUUUGGUAGAGAGCCACGUCUUCCUUUAGAUCUUGCUUUUGGGCUAGAACUUGGUUUGACACAGUCACUUGCAGAGUACACCCGAUUACUCAGAGAAAGAUUGAAGAAAUCUUAUGAACUGGCUGUGGCCUCAGCUAAAACAUCUCGAGAGAGGCAGAAGAAAGGCUACGACAUUAGAGUGAGAGGAGCCACACCACAGACUGGAGACCGCGUUCUAGUGAAAAUAUUGGCAUUUGAUGGUAAACACAAGCUCUCAGAUAAGUGGGAAGAAGAUCCUUACAUCAUUCUGCAACAGCCAAAUCAAGAUGUGCCCGUCUUUGUAGUGCAGAAAGAGAAUGGUGAAGGUCGACAGAGGACUUUACAUAGGAAUCUUCUCUUGCCCAUUGGUGCUCUUCAUGACCCUGGAGAGAUUGAAAUAUCACAUGAACCAGAGCCUAUAUCAUCUAGACCUGUACCAAGGCCAAGACGGUCUAAGCCACAACCAAAACCAGAGACACUCCCAGAUGAAGACAUUAGUCAGGAAGACAUCAUUGUAGAGAUCCACACCCCAAAUAGAGAUGCUGCAGCUGCUGGUAUACCCACAGAUACCAAUCAGGAGGUUCCUGCAGAUGUGGAUACUGCUACUCAGGCAAGUGGUGACGAUCAUGAGGCUGAGGCAGCAGUGGAGAACAUUUCUGGUGACGACGGUCACAUCCCAGGAGAGGGAGAAACAGAGGUGAAUCCUACUGAUGAUGAAGUGGAUGAAGAUGCUGGUGCUACUACUCCAGAUCUACACGAAGAUGAUGUCAUUCCUUCAGCUGAAGACGAAACUAAAGAUGAUGAUACAGUUCUGGAUCAAGUUCCUUCAGCUGAAGCAGAACAUGUUGACGAAAUGGAUGUCACAGGUGAUGCUGUUCCAGAUACAGACGGAGCUGAUGUUGUUCCACGAAGGUCAACACGUGAACGACACCCUCCAAGUUGGAUGCAUUCAGGGCAGUAUGCGCUUAGUCAGGCAGCAGUAGAGCCAGAUUGGAUGGUUAGGGUUCGUUAUCUGGAGCAUUUAACGAGCGCUGGAACAUUGGAACAGACUACACCGGACAUCACGAAAGCAUUUAUAUCUAUUUUAACACGCCAAAACUCAGAAUGACGAAGACGUCAUUUCCGAGGGGAGGGAAGAAUGUAGUAGUAUGUAAUUAUGUAUAUAUCAUCAAGUGUAUUUUAAGGUCACCUCUUAUUUUAAUACCUAAGUUUUAGUCUACACUCCAAUCUAACCUGCUUCACUAAUACAAUAGCACAGUCACCCUUGCGCUUGCCUUCUCUAUUGUUUCUCUGGUUUCUAUUGUUUAGCCCCAGCCCCUUACUUUCAGUGACAGGGUGCAUUAUGGGACUGGUCAGUUUAAAUUCACACUUGUAGUUGAUUAUGUAUGGAGUAGUCGGUUCAUCGCUGAUAUAAUUGAGACAAUUGUCACAGGUUAGUUUGGUUGAAUUGUAUAUUUAUGUGUUCUUAUUUAGUGCUUUGAAGAGUUUGUUAAGGUGCAUAUGUAUGGUUUCUUAACUUCUUUUAAUAAUGCUUAUAUUGUUAGGUGUGAUAAAUAUAUAUCAUAUCAGUCAUCGUAUUCAGGUAAAUGUAGUUAGGCUAAAUUUGCUUAAAUACCUUAUGUAAGUAUGUUUAUAAUAGAUAAUCUUAACUAGCAUUUUCAUGUUGAUAUUACUUAACUUAUUGUGUAACUAAGCAUAAUGAGUACAUUUAUUGAUAGACUGGAGCUAUUUACCUGUAAAUUAAAGUUCUGCACCUAGCUGCACAUGUAUGAAUGUAUGUCUGUAUGUCUGUAUGAUGAGGUGAGUAAUUAGAAUAUAUAUUUUAGGGUUAUUGUAUAUACCUAAGGAUGUAAACAUAUUGAUGUAAUAUGUUACACUGUAAUUAUGUUAUAUGUAUUUAUGUUCAGGUGUGUCCCUGUAAAGCAAAUAUCUGAUGUUGUGACAUCAUAGGGCACAGUGCCAUACACCUGGGCCGUUUUAUUUUGUAUUAAAACAACUGGCAUCAACAAAUUAACCUGCGUUUUGUGAUUCAUUCACAUAAACCACUC